AUGGAAGCUGUGCCAUCCAGAUGCCUGUUUCUAUUAUUUGUCUUCACAUGCAAGCUAUUCCUGGAAGUUGCUGCGGAAGUUCAAGAAUCCUCAGAUGGUCCCGGCGCCCUGGAACCGGUGCAGCUCACGGAUGUCCCAGCUGCCAUGGAAUUCAUCGCUGCUGCUGAGGUGGCUGUCAUAGGCUUCUUCCAGGAUUUAGAAGCACCAGCAGUGUCCCUAAUCCACAGUGUGGUGCAAAAUUUCCAAGACGUGUCCUUUGGAAUCAGCACUGCCUCCGAGGUGCUGGCCCACUACAACAUUACUGGGAGUGCCAUUUCCCUCUUUCGUCUGGUGGAUAAUAAACAACUGGAUUUAGAGAGUGAAGACAUCAAAAGCUUGGAUGCCACUAAGUUAAGCCAUUUCAUUGAGAGCAACAACCUCCACUUGGUGACAGAAUACAACCCUAUGACUGCGAUUGGCCUAUUUAAUAGUAUGAUUCCGAUUCAUCUUCUACUGAUAAUGAACAAGGCAUCCUCAAAGUAUGAAGAAAGCUUGCACAGAUACCAGGAGGCAGCUAAGCUCUUCCAGGGGAAGAUUCUUUUUAUUCUGGUGGACAGUGGUGUGAAGCAAAAUGGGAAGGUGAUAUCAUUUUUCAAACUAAAGAAGUCUCAACUGCCUGCUUUGGCAAUUUACCAGACUCUGGACGAUGAGUGGGAUACACUGCCCAUAACGGAAGUCUCAGUAGAGCAUGUACAAAACUUCUGUGACGGAUUCCUGAAAGGGAAGGGGUUGAGAGAAAAUCAUGAAUCAGAAGAAAAGAUGUCAAAGGUGGAACUCUGAUUUCUCCGUGAUUCUUCUGUGUACAACCUAGUAGUUACCUUAUGGCGAAUAAAAAGGGAUGACUCAAACCUCAGAGACACUAAACAACAGGAUCACCAGGCUUUACACAUAUGCUUGUGCACGCACACACACACACACACAGAGCUCCAGUUUGUUCCUUAAAAUCUCAUUCACGCUACUUGCCCUUUCUUUUAAAUUUCCUAUACUCUCUCACUACGCUUCUGAUUUUCCCUUCUGCCAUCAUACUGAGUAGGCCCAUACACUGUCACACAUACACUGGGUGGAGGCUGUAUGAGAAAUACCACGAUGCUGGUGUGAAGGGGCAGCAUUCCUAGAGGGAGAUUUCUCUGAUGGGUCAUUUAAUACUGAAUUCAUAUACUGCGCGUGACUUACACACAACCUCUUGUAGGGUUGCCUAAAGGUUGAAACGCUGCUUUCCUCAUAAGCCUGUGUUCCUCUCUGACUCAGGGCCAAGGACAAAAAGAUGGUUUUAAACACCUUUCGGGAAUUGUCUUUUUUGCCAGAAGUCCAAUGAUGUUUCCAAGUCUCUGGGCUCAGCAGAAACAGACCGUGUAAAAACUCUAUGCUUGUUUUGCGUUCCUAACUCCCCGUGUAAAUCAACAACCACAUGAUAAAUAAA